UGCAUUCUCAUCACCAAAUUUAAGAAAGGCAGUGCAUGCAUAAUAUAGCUUGUACAAGAGAUCAUUAGCAAAACAAAGAUGAGUACUCUUAUCGUGAAUCAUUCUUUGCCUGUCGUAAGGCGAUCUGCAAAUUACGAGCCCUGUAUCUGGGACGCUGAUUUUGUGCAGACCUUGGCCACUGAUUACACGGGAGAACGUUUCAACGGACGAGUGAAUGAGUUGAAAGGAAAUGUGAUAGGGAUGUUGAAUGAUGUUGCUAAGCCUAAUUUAGAUCGACUCGAGCUGAUUGAUUAUUUGCAGAGACUUGGAUUGGGUUAUCAUUUUGAGCAAGAAAUAAAGAGUGCCUUGACGAAGAUGUAUGAGGAUCCGAGUUAUGAGACGUUGGAAAGGAAUGAUUUGCAUGGUGCCGCUCUGAGAUUCAGACUUCUCAGACAACAUGGAUUUAAUAUCUCACAAAAUGUUUUUGAGUACUUUAUGGAGAACGGAAGCUUCAAAGGUUGCCUUUGCGAAGAUGCCAAAGGAGUCUUGAGUUUGUAUGAGGCCUACUACUUUUCCUCUGAAGGAGAGUCUAUAAUGGAGGAUGCAUGGAGCUUUACAUCUAAAAUCCUUAGUGAAAAUUCAGGCAACAUCAUUGAUCCAAUUCUUGACAUGAAAGUGAAACAUGCCUUGGAACUUCCACUGAAUUGGAGGAUGCCAAGAUUAGAAGCCAGGUGGUAUAUAGAUCUCUACGCGAGAAGCAAUAACAUGAUACCUGCAGUACUAGAGCUUGCUAAGUUGGACUACAACAUUGUGCAAGGAUUAUACCAGGAGGAACUUAAAAUUGCAUCAAAGUGGUGGAAGAAACUACGUUUGUCCACGAAACUGGGCUUUGCUAGAGAUAGGCUGGUGGAAUCCUACAUAUGGAUGGUGGGAAUUGCCCCUGAACCACAAUUUGGGUACUGCAGAUUAGAAGCAGCUAAGGCAAUACAAAUAAUUUCAGUGAUAGAUGAUAUAUAUGAUAUUUAUGGCACUGUGAAUGAACUUGAACUCUUCACUGAUGCCAUUGAAAGGUGGGAUAUAAAUUCUCUACAGCCUCUUCCGGACUACAUGAGGACUUGCUUUCUCGCGCUCUACAACUUCGUUAAUGAGAUAGUUUACCACAUUUUCAGGGAACAGAACGUUGAUGUCUUGCCGAACCUUAAAAAAGGGCUCAUUGAAUUAAUGAAAUGUUACUUGGUCGAGGCACGGUGGUAUCAUGCUGGAUAUAAACCAACACUGGAAGAGUACUUGGAGAAUGGGAAAGUGUCGAUAGCAAUGCCUAUAGUCAUGAUUCUAUCUUACAUAUGCUCCGCAAAUCCAAUCAAAAAGGAAGAACUGGAGUUUCUGGAAGAUAUGCCUGAUAUGUUAAAUUUGUCAGGAAAGCUUUGUCGAAUAAUUGACGAUUAUGGAACUUCCUCCGAUGAGAUAGCGAGAGGAGACGUUCCCAAGUCAAUCCAGUGUCAUAUGUUCCAUAACGGGACUAGUGAAGAAGUUGCAAGAGCUGAAAUGAGGGAUUUAAUGAGGAAGAAAUGGAGAGAGAUCAACGCUUGUCGAGCUCGGGACAUGCCAGUGUCAUGCCCUUGUACUGAGUUUAUGUUAAACUGUGCGAGAUCAUCCCAUUAUAUUUACUACACCAGUGAUGGAUUUGCUGUUCAUGAUGAUAGAAGUAAGAAUACGUUGUUUUCACUAAUCGUCCAGCCUGUUCUUCUGUAAGGCAAAGUUGAUGUUUCAUCUUUCGCCUCAUUUUAGUAGCUCUCCGUAUUUCAUUGUUCUCCUGUUUCAGUACUGCUCAUUUUAGUAGCUACUUCUGUUGUGAUGAACCGAGAUUCGUGUGUAAUUUUCUUAUUAUUGGCUAAAUGUGUGCUCUGCUUGCUGCUA